AUGGGUAUCAAAGCAUUUGCGCUAUCUUUCAUGCUAAUUUCAAUUAUUUUCUCUUUUGUAUACAUUCCAGCUAGAUUAACAAUACCCACCCACAAUUUCAGGCCUAUAAUAAAUUACUUCAACUCACCCAAAUCCAGCAACACCACCACCAAGCCAUAUCCAGUCACAUUUUCCUAUCUAAUCUCAGCAUCCAAGGGAGAUGCUCUGAAGCUCAAGCGCUUGCUCUAUGCCCUCUACCAUCCUGGAAAUUACUAUCUGAUUCACAUGGACUAUGCAGCCCCAGAGGCUGAGCACAGGGACAUCGCUGACUUUGUGGCUGGAGAUCCAGUUUUUGGGCAAGUGGGUAAUGUUUGGGUGCUGGGAAAAUCCAACUUGGUCACAUAUAGAGGGCCCACAAUGCUGGCUACCACUCUUCAUGCAUUGUCUCUGCUCUUGAGGACUUGCAAAUGGGAUUGGUUUAUCAAUCUCAGUGCUUCUGAUUAUCCUCUAAUCACUCAAGAUGAUCUGAUGCAUUCAUUUUCUGAUUUGCCAAGAGAUCUCAAUUUCAUACAGCACAGUAGUCGCUUGGGGUGGAAGCUGAAUAAAAGAGGGAAGCCAGUGAUUAUAGACCCCGGACUCUACAGCCCGAAUAAAUCAGAAUUGUGGUGGGCUAUUAAACAGAGGGAUCUCCCAACAGCUUUCAAGCUGUACACAGGUUCAGCUUGGACAAUUCUCUCAAGAUCUUUUGCCGAAUAUUGCAUAGUGGGGUGGGACAAUUUGCCAAGGACUCUCCUACUCUACUACACCAACUUUGUGUCAUCACCCGAAGGCUACUUCCAGACAGUCAUAUGCAACUCCCAAGAAUACAAGAACACCACUGUCAACCAUGACCUCCACUACAUUACAUGGGACACGCCUCCAAAGCAACAUCCCAGGUCUCUGGGACUCAGAGAUUUUCCAAGAAUGAUUCUAAGCAACCGUCCUUUUGCUCGAAAGUUCAAGAAAAAUGUACCCAUUCUUAACAAAAUCGAUCGCGAACUUCUUAAACGACACCGUGGACAGUUUUCUUAUGGGGGAUGGUGUUCUGGGAGUAAAGGGCAGACGCAGAAGAUGUGCUCAGGUUUGCAGGGUGAAAACUAUGGUGGGUUAAGGCCCGGACCGGGGGCUAAGAGGUUGAAAUCUUUGUUAAAAAAACUCCUCUCCACAAGGAAGUUUCAGAAGCAACAAUGCAAAUGA